AUGAGCAUCAACCUGCCGCUGCGCUCGUCGAGCAGCUUCAGCUCGUCAAGGAACCAAGCAUCCCGCAACUACUUCACCAACCACACGCAAGCUUCAUCGUCAUCGCUGGAGGCCAUAAAUGGACCUGUCCGCGAGGCUGUCCGGGAUCUUAUCGCCCCUCCAAACGAUAGACUGAUCGUCGGUGUCGACUUCGGGACCACGUUCUCCGGAGUUGCCGCCGUGUACACAGCCACGCCUGACGAUGUCGAAAUCAUAAAAACAUGGCCUGGCGGCAACGGCAUCACUUCUGACAAGGUGCCGACGGAGUUGUCGUACACCACGCCUGUCAAUUCAUUACCUGGCGCCGAGCCGACUGUGAAAUGGGGCUUCCAGUUCAAGCCUGAAGAAUCACGCCUAAGAUGUAUCAAGCUGUUCCUCGACAGGUCUCAGAAACUACCUUUCUAUGUCAGCCCACAGGAUACAGCAACCGAGUUGCAGAAAUACAACAAGAACGUCGUCGAUGCGGUCAGUGAUUAUCUCACGCAGGUCUACAAACACACCAUCGACACUCUGACUCGUAGAUACGGCGAGUCAUUCAUGGCAUCGACAAAGGUCGACUUUGUGCUCACGUGCCCCGCCGUAUGGUCUGACACGGCCAAGAACACGACGCUCGUGGCUGCAGAGCGGGCUGGGAUGGGCAAGCAGGCGGACAUCCAGAUGAUCAGCGAGCCUGAAGCAGCCGCUGUGUAUACUCUGAAAGCAAUUCAGCCUAACCACCUCAAGAUCAAUGACAACUUCAUUGUGUGCGACGCUGGAGGUGGAACUGUCGACCUGAUUGCAUACAAAAUCGUGUCUCUGAAGCCCCUGCGAGUAGAAGAGUCUGCUGUAGGCACGGGUGGCCUGUGCGGAAGUGCUUUUCUCAAUUAUCGUUUCGAGGAGCACGUCCGAAACCGGCUUGGAAUCGCACGCUUCAACGAGAUGAAGUUGAAGAAGGCCAAGACGUGGCAGAUGGGGUUGAAGUACUUUGAAGAGUUUGUCAAGCGGAAUUUCAACGAGGACGAACACCAAGAAAUCAACGUGCCUUUCCCCGGACUGCCUGAUGACGAGGAGGCUGGACUCGACUCAGGGUUUCUCGUCUUAACGGCAGCACAAAUCAAGGAUAUCUUUGAGCCAGUCGUAAAAGAGGUGUGCGACCUUGUGCAGGGCCAAGUGGAUGGCUUGCGGCGGAAGGGUGGUAUCGUCUCGGGCAUCGUUCUUGUUGGUGGCUUUGGCCAGAGCGAGUACCUUUACAGACGGCUCAAGGCACACUUCACGAGUGCUGCUCCACCGCCAUACACCGAGCGGCCAACGCAUUCCAGCGCCACGGUAUCGGAGAAUGGGUCCAUAGAAGUCAUGCAGCCCUUGUAUGCCUGGACGGCGGUUGUUCGUGGCGCAGUACUUCGCGGCGUGGAAGGCAACAUGGUGGUGAGCAGGAAGUCGAGAUACCACUACGGCACCUCGUACGCAACAGUGUAUGACGAGGACCGACACAAUGUUGGCGAGCGAUACUGGAGCCCGCUGUGGGAAAGGUGGAUGGUCAGUGACCGUAUGCAGUGGCACAUAGCCAAGGUGAGUCUCCUGCCUCCUCCGUUGGGGAGGCUGCCACGUUCCAAUGCUGACUGGAUCCAGGGCGAGGCGCUUUCACCACUGACGCCAAUUGCGUUCCACUACACUCGCAACUUCCGGCCCGGGCAGUCGCUCGUAGUCACCGAUGAUCUGAUCGGCUGCGAUGCGGACGAUCCCCCGGACGCGUAUGGGAAAGACCUGAUCCAUGUCUGCACACUCACAACAGAUCUGAGCGCGGUGCCGCGCAGUCUGUUUACAAGACUGACGACGACAAGAGGGGUCGAGUUCGACAACCUCGACUUUACUCUUGAGAUGAUUGUCGACAGCGCGGGACUAGGUUUUGAGCUCAAGGUAGAUGGAGUAAGGUAUGGCCGAGUAGAGGCCGAUUUUCACUGA